GAAUUGCUUAGUCAUAUUCUUUACUUUCAAACUAUUAUCUAAUUUUGAAGACUUCUUUUCGAUUUGAAAUUUUGAAAAUUGAUAAUGAUCAUCUAACAAUAAUAAACAGUAUAGUUAAAUAGACUAUACGUAAAUAUUUCACUUGAAACAACUUAUUAAAAUGGAUGUCCUUAAAGCAGAAUCAAAUCUACAAAUAGCAAUACCUCAAUUUAAUAUAAAAAUUUGUCUUAAAAUUUUACGUGCUACAGGAUCAUGGCCACCAGAAAAUUCUGGCUUUUUCCGAUAUUUGUUUUAUGCUUAUAGUUUAUGCAUUUAUUCAUUUACUUUAGGGUCUUUUAUUGUUGCAGAAAUUGUUAAUGUCAUUUUUAAUUAUAAUGAUCUUGGUAAAAUUGCUUCGGGUGGCCCUCUAUUCCUCACAAAUCUUUUGCAUUCGUACAAGUGUUUCAUCCUCUUUCGAAAUCAUGGGAAAUUACAAAAACUUCUUGCCAUCGUGGACAGCCCAAUUUUUGCUGAAAAUAAUUUUAGAUAUAAGAAUAUAAUUUCUUGGUAUUCUUAUCAAGGAAUUGUUCAUCAUAUCUUUUAUCAAUUAAUUACUGUAAUAACUAUUGUCUUAUGGGCCUGCACACCCAUUCAUGCUAUUCUAAAAGGGGAGGAGAAAAAAUUACCUUUAGAUGGAUGGUAUCCUUAUGACCUCUCAAAUUCAUUAAACUUCAUUUUCACUUGGUCACAACAGGCGAUCGCAAUUUUGUUGUGUUCCAUCAAUAAUAUAGCUACUGAUAGUUUUAUAAUUGGUUUGUUAAAUGUUGCUUCUUGUCAAUUUGAAUUACUAAAAUGGAAUAUUUCUUCUUUUGGAAAUUGUAAUGAAUCUCAAGAAGUAAAUCAAGAGGACAAUGGCAUAAAUGAGAAAUUGCGCAGAUGCAUUCAACAUAAUUUGGCUAUUUUUGAAUUUAUUGAAGAAAUACGAAGUGUAUUUAGUACUGUCAUUAGUUUUCAGUUGAUUUUCAAUUCCUUAGUCAUUUGUUUAUCAACAUAUUCAGUGUCACAGAUGCCAUCAUCUGAAUUUGUGGGAAUAAUUGGACAAAGUGCAUAUAUUAUUGCAAUGGCAUAUCAAAUUUUAAUAUAUUGUUGGCAUGGAAAUGAAUUGACUCUUCAAAAUGAAAGUUUAGCGACUGCAAUUUAUUUAGGCAACUGGUGGAAAAUGAAUUCACGCAUUAAACGCGAUUUGCAAUUUAUAAUGAUCAGGACUCGAAAACCACUUAUUAUAACUACAAGAUUUUUAAUUAAAUUAACAGUAGAAACAUUUAUGUCCAUAAUGCAAACAUCGUAUUCUAUGUACGCUCUUCUUCGAAGAAAAAAUAUUGAAGUUUAAUUAAAUUGAGUUUGUAGUAGAAAAUAUGUGUUCAAAAUUAUUUAAAUUCUACACCUGUUACAAAU